AGAAGGGCGUUGCCUUCUCCGAAACGAGGAAGUUUUUUUUUUUUUCUUCUUCUUUUGCAAGUCCGAAACGAGGAAGUUUUAAACCUCUAAAACUUGUUUCGCACGCUCAAAAAACUUGACUCGCACGCUCUCAACACCGAGAGAGAUAGAGACAGGACGCGAGACAUUUUCCUCGCCGACGACGGAGAAGAUGAAGAUCAACGUGAACUCGAUUGCUCGGAAAGUGGAGGUCGACAAUCGGAUUCCCCUGCGCAAUUACUACCGGAUAGCGGAUAAUCUCCUCAAACAGGCUAGUAUCUAUCGGGAGGAGAAUAAUGUUUUAGAUUUGUAUAUCAUACUUCUUAGAUAUUCCAGUUUGGUGUCUGAAACAAUACCAUUUCAUCGAGAUUACCAGGUUCUGCAUCUGAAAGAGAGAACAGGAUAUAAGAAGAGAUUGUUACCAGUACUAGAUGAGCUUGAGUCUUUGAAGCCAGAAUUCCAACGUCGAGUGGAUGAACUGAACAAUGCCCAUUCUGGAGCUAGAUUGUCUCAACUUGAUGGCGAAGAAUCGACUUCAUUUGGUUCAGAGAUAUCUAGUUUGGAAUGGCCUGCGGUCAAUAAAAAUUCUUACUUGAGUUUUGAUAUGAAGCAGCCUGCCGGCAUGACACCUCAGUCUUCAUGGAAGUAUAACAAUGAUUAUUCUCAGGUUUUAUCAUCCAAUUCCAUGCAAAUUGAGAAGCAGUUUCAGAAACUAUCUCUUAGUUUACCUCCUCCAAAGAAGGAAACUUUGUCUAGACACUCAUUCUUAGGUCCAACUGGUCUUCGGGGUCAGUGGCUUGGUCCUAGUGCAGAAAUAAAGGUUCAUUAUCCAAGCAAUAAGGACUUGACCCAUUCUGAAAAUUUAAGCCCGAAUCAGGCUGGACAAUGUGAUAUUGUGGCAGCAAAAGAUGGUGAUGCUGGAGGGGUCGGAUCUACAAUGGAGUCAGUACUCUCCUUGGAUGAUGGUAGAUGGCUACAUCCUGCUGAGGAAUCGUGUUCUCCGUUGAUCAAUGAAGCAAGGGAAGAUCCUUUGCAGUUGGUGAAGCAACCUUUCGUUCCCCCUGUCCUUGCUCAAUUGCAGCAGGAUGUUUGUCCAAUUCCUCCAUCAAAAGUUGCAGAUCCGAGACCUGGACCAGCUAUAUCUUCUCAAGAUGGGAUGCAAAGUUCUGAUUCAUAUCAGCAUCUACACAUUCCUGUAAAAUUGAUGGAAGAUUUCUUGAGAUUGGCUCGGGCGAACACCGAGAAGAAUUUAGAGACAUGUGGCGUUCUUGCGGGUUCUCUGAAAAACAGGGUUUUUCAUAUCACUACGCUUAUAGUCCCAAAGCAGGAGUCAACUUCAGAUUCGUGUCAAACUUUGAAUGAAGAAGAAAUAUUUGAAGUUCAAGACAGAUUAUCACUCUUUCCUCUUGGUUGGAUUCAUACACACCCAUCACAGACCUGCUUCAUGUCAUCAGUAGAUCUGCACACUCAUUACUCCUACCAGAUUAUGCUUCCAGAAGCGAUUGCAAUUGUUAUGGCUCCUACUGAUACUUCGAGUCCACAUGGCAUAUUUCAUUUAUCUGAUCCAGGCGGUGUGUCUGUGAUUAGACAUUGCCAACAACGUGGCUUUCAUCCCCACGAGGAGUCAUCUGAUGGGAGCCCAAUUUAUGAGCAUUGUUCACAUGUGUUUAUGAACCCCAAUUUGAAGUUUGAUGUUGUUGAUCUUCGGCGAGACUGAGUGUGUAAAAUGUUGAUCUUUGCACUGAUGGCGUUUCCUGAGAAAAUAAUCUUCAGGUUGAAGGAAAAUAUGUAUUCCAGCAGUAAAUAUCUUUUCACCUCACAAAGGUAUAGUAAAUUCAACUGGUUUUCUGAAUGGAUAUUGGACGGAUAUGAAGCACAUCCAUAUCUAUCUUAUAAAACCAUUUGCGAGAAAGCACGAGAUGGCCUUCAUUGUUGUGAUACUUGACUGGUAAAUAUUAACACCGGCAUUGUUCUCAAGUCAAUGGUUUCCAAAGAAUGUGAUACUCUCAGGAAAGUUAUCAGUGAUAUGAAUGCCAACCUGUUCUGAUAUAUGUUUGAAAGUUGAGUUGAGUUGAGUUGAGUUUCCUGUUCCAUCCAUGUACAGUAAAAAGGCUGUAAUGUGUGGAAGUGUUCAAAUUAUGCAAUGGGAGACAAAGGUGGUCACUGUGGGAGCAAGCAAGAUGAAGAACUUGUUCUCUUUUAACAUAUCCAGUCGUAUUAAUACUUGCAGGUCUUGACUCGUAACUAGGGGGAGAUUACUCUUGUUGAGACAUUACAAAUGAAAUGUGCUCUAAUGCAUAUUGUGGAUUUGGACACCGAUUACUGUGGCCUCUCGAACCAAAAACUCAUAAUUAUAGAGUCGUUUUAAUAUUCGUAUAUGUAUAUGUAUAGCUAUACUAUAGGAAUAUACUGAUAUUGUUUUUAAUAGUGAAAGUGGUAGUAUUCUGAUA